AUGGUGAACAGUAAGUUUUUCUUUAUCCAUUUGGAUAUAAUCGAAAAUCAGAACUCUCAUAAUGAUCCCCAGGUCGAUCAUUUCGGUGACUGGAUCCGUUUAAACCUCAGUCGGUUUCGGCAAAUUCCUUGUCGCCGGAUUCCGGUCGGAAAUUUACAGGAAAUGUCCGGUCAAUUCCUGACUGUUUCUAGCCCAAAGUUUGCAGGAAAUGACGGUUUCAAAAUCGGAAGAAUCAUUGAGAUCCAUGACAACUAUUUCUUGGUGCAAUUGUUCCACUACAAACUCGAUGUCAAAUGUGAGAAUAUAACAGAGGAUGAAAUCUUAGUCAACUUCGGUGGUAAUGGAUCGAAAUCGAUAUUUGACUUUGAUCACAAUAGACAAAUGAUUUUGUCUCGCAAAAUGAAAUAUAUGAACUCUGAUACGUCGAUGUCGCUGAUUGCUAUCAUCGCUGACCUUGAAGAAAACGAAUCAGGCCAUUCUCGACAUCUCUGUCUAUUUGAUUCUUUUCCUGUUCUCCGAUGA